AUUCUCUCUCUCUCACUCUCUCGGCCGCCGCCGCCGCCUCUGUUUACCUUGUCCGAAAAGAAAACAUACACACAGUACACUGUUCCUUAAGACUAUUCUCUUGUCAAGCAGUUCAAGCUGGCGAUCGUAAAUCAAGAAUCCACCAUCCGUGAAAUCAAACCCAAGAACAGAAGAAUCAUGGGUGCCGGUGGACCUGAUGAAGAAUACAAAAGCAGGUGGCCGCCAUGGCUGAAACCUCUGUUGAUAGAACAAUUCUUCGUCCAAUGCAAACUUCAUGCCGAUUCUCACAAGAGCGAAUGCAAUAUGUACUGCUUAGAUUGCACGAACGGUUCUCUCUGCUCUUUCUGCUUAGCUUUUCACAAGGAUCAUCGUUGUAUCCAGAUAAGGAGAUCUUCAUACCAUGAUGUAAUAAGGGUGUCCGAGAUUCAAAAGUAUCUAGACAUAUCUGGGAUCCAAACUUAUGUUAUCAAUAGUGCUAAGGUUGUUUUCAUAAACGAAAGGCCUCAACCCAGGCCGGCGAAAGGUGUCAUCAACACCUGUGAGGUCUGCGACCGCAGCCUUGUCGACUCGUUCCGGUUUUGCUCUCUCGGUUGCAAGCUUGUUGGCACUUCAAAGAAUUUCCAGAAGAAGAAGAGGCAACCGAGAACGGAAUCGGACUCCGGCGAUUCUUGCAGCAGCAGCAGCAGCCACGGAAAGUUGAAGAAGAACGACGAAAAUAAUAAAGAGAACGGCAAAGCUCGAAGCUUUAGCCCGUCGACGCCGCCUCCGACGUCGGCUACUUGCCGGACUGUUAAACGGAGAAAAGGGAUUCCCCAUAGAGCUCCAAUGGGCGGUCUAGUAAUAGAAUAUUAGUCCCUACAUGUACCUCUUUGUACAUAGAAGCAAAGAUAAUUAUGAACGGGUGGAAAAUGACCUCCAAAUCUUAAGGACUUGGAUGUUAUCCACAUAAGUUUUUUUAUCCUUUUCUUUUAUAUUUUUGUAAGUCUAGGACUAGACUUUGUAUUUAUGAUGGUUAUACAUGAGUUUUUAAGGCAAAUUGUGAUGGGAAAAUGUAUGAUGUAAAUAGAAAAGAAAUAGAA